AUGACAGAAUCAGUCUCACCCAAGGAGAUUCUGCCCGCUGGUGCGUGUGCCAAAAUCUCCGCUAUCAAUUCGGCCAGCCUCAGCAAUCUUCCUCUAGAGCCCUACUUCCACAGCGACCUUCCCCGGCUUCAACGGGUCACAGUCCCGGCCUUUUCAUUUGUCAUUACCAAUGCACACGGUCGCUGUGUCCUAUUCGAUUUAGGUCUACGGAAGGACUGGACCGAGCUGUCUCCGACCGCGGUCGCCGAGGUCUAUCAUGAUAACCUGGGGAUCCAAUGCGAAAAAGAUGUUCGUGACAUCUUAGAGGCGCACGAGGUCAGCGCUGAGAGUGUGGAAGCGAUUAUCUUGAGUCAUCAUCAUUUCGAUCAUAUCGGCGAUCCGUCUCGCUUUCCCUCGUCCACCGCGUUGGUCGUGGGGCCUGGGGUUUGCGAUGCGCUGAUGCCGGGGUACCCUGACCAAGAGAAUGCAGAGAUCCUGACCUCGGAUUAUUCAAACCGACAGGUCCGUGAAAUUGAAUUUACACAGACCGGUCUCUUCAUUCUUGGUCUACCGGCGCUUGAUUACUUUAACGAUGGCUCAUUGUACUUGCUGAGCACGCCGGGCCAUGCAGUCGGCCAUAUGGCUGCCUUGGUCCGCACCACCACCAGCCCGGACUCCUUCGUCUUGUUGGGUGGCGAUGCCUGCCAUCAUUGCGGUGAACUUCGUCCAUCAACAGGACAAUCCCUGCCAGCUUCUUUUCAGUCAUCGUGUCUGGCUCGUUUCCUGAAAUCCCAAGAUCUGGACGGAUCGCAGCCGUUCUUUCGGAUCCAACGAGAUCCUCAAUAUGCGGCUUAUUGUCAUGACAGCGACGAAGCUGAGCAGACCAUCGCUCAUUUGCAGCGCUUUGACGCAAUGGAAAAUAUCUUCAUUAUCUUUGCCCACGAUGCUAGCUUGAAGACGGUCAUCGAUGAGUUUCCGGCGACUCUGAACGACUGGUUCGCGAAAGGCUGGGGCCGCAGUGGGCGAUGGCGCUUUCUUCAGGAUUUUGAAGAAUGA